CACAUUCUUUACAGAACAAAUAUUACGAACGCUCUUUUACAACAAAACGCUACACGAAUCUCCAAGUAAAUCACUUAAACAAAUAUCUACUCUAAAUCCACCAUGCAAUUCCUCAAGACUAUCCUCCUCGCCCUUUCCGCGACCACCACUUUCGCUGCGGUGAUUGAUACUUCCAAACUCCAACCUGCUGCACCCGUCACAGGCGUUGCAGGUAUCAGAGGUUCCAACGGCAUUGUGGACAGUAGAGUCACCACAGGCAUUACGCAAAAGGGCCCCAAGCAGGGAGGUGGUCGUGAGUCCUCGUCGCGUGCGAGCAAUCUGUUCUACAAACUACGAUGCGAGGCACCCAAAACCGCCACGGUGGGCCAAAAAGAAGUCGAUUUCUGCAUGGCAAACAUGAGAUGCAAUCACGGCCGCAAAAUUGAGUUGAAUAGUGAAAGGAUUCCCCAGAAUCAACGACUUGCGAAGCUACAGGAAUGCGAGGAUCUCUGUGAAUGCAUACGCCGGAUUUAGAAGAGUUACUUGCGAACAAGUGCGGGGCAACAGUGUCGACGACUGAUAGGUCUUCUCCUCUCUAGUGGUAUCUAAAUGAGGAGUUCAGAGGACAGACUAGCGUGUUGGAAAGAGAAGCAUUAGUAUUUGGGAUUCAAGCGUUAUCGG